CUUUGUGGCAGAAAAAAUUACGCCGGAGCACAAAGGUGACGAUCGGGAAAAUUAGUUCUCUGGGGGGGGCUGAACGCCUCCCGACGAAGGAAAAUCAAUAGCAAAGCCAAAGUUUAUUGCGGCCAUGCCCGAGCCGAGCCAGGGGCGUCGUAUUCUCCCGUGUACAGCAACCGAAGCCACCAAGGCGGAGAACCAGAACCGGUGCUGUGCCAAGCAGGGCUCUUCCCGUGAUGCCAGCGGCUUAUUACCUAAAACAGGGCCCCACAUAGCCAGAUGCCGCUUUACGAACAGGAACAACCCAGCCGGGCCCACAAGUCCGUGGCCCCUCGACCCCGCAACAACUCAUCCCGUAAAAUUAGAAACCGCCAUGCGCGCCGUCAGAAAAUAAUGUCGGGGUUUGUUGGGGUCAGUGGGGUGCAGUGGGCAUGGCUCAGACGCGUGGGU